UGGCCUGCCUUGGAGCUUAUAACCGUGGUGCUUUGCGCGGGAACGCCAGACGGUUCCUGCGCUAGCACUGCUGUUCUCCCGUGGCUUUGCAAGUGCUCUCGAGCUCUCAGUCACAAUGAGUGAUAAGCCAGACUUGUCCGAAGUGGAGAAGUUUGACAAAUCAAAAUUGAAGAAAACUAAUACUGAAGAAAAAAAUACUCUUCCAUCAAAGGAAACUAUCCAGCAGGAGAAAGAGUGUAUUCAAACAUCAUAAAAUGAAGAUCUCCCAAGAGCAACCUUCAGCGUUCCCUAAGAGUCUUGGGGUUUUGGCUUGUUAUUGUAAAACCUGUGUGUUUGUAGAGAUUUUAGGCACUCUUCUCACCUAUACUGUCUGGCAGUGGUCAACAGUUGCCAAUGUUCAUUAAAUUUGUUUCUAAGCUUCUCA